AGCCGACCUCGCAUUAGUGUUUCAUCCCAAUAGUAAAUAUCCCACAGCCUUCAACGGCAGUCGCUAACCUCUGUGGAGCGAAAAACAAAUACAACUCAUUCAAGAGCGUCUUCAUCGUAUAGAACUCAAUCUUACCCACCUCGCCUCUGCGGCAAAAGCUGAGCAACGGAACAAGAUCGGCUCCGCUUCUCUAGGCGUAACAGAUGUGCAUCCGCCAGACAGAGCGACCCAGAUCAUACAGUUGACCCCCGGAUUCGAAGGCGAUUCGUCGUUUGCGAGCAGUGCGCGAUUUGCCGAGAAUGUCGCCGAAACCACUUCCAAGGAGAACGCCUGGCUGCCCGGAAAACACAUGAUUCAUGCAUUGAAGAAUCUGAGAAAUACACUUAAGCUUCAUCAUUCGGAACUAUCAGCUGGCCACACACAUUUUCCAGUCUUCAGGAAUGAUUCUCAGAAGCACAGUCUAGAACUUCCACCUGUAGGAUUUGCUGCUGCACUUGUGAGAAGAUUCAAAGCACACCCUACGGAUAUCUUUCUGUCUUGUGCCUGGAGAGAUCCUAAUCUUCUCGAGACUUUAUGUCGGCAAGUGUACUUUCCGUCCGAGCAGGUGUCCCUCGGCAGUCUGACGCUGUUGUACGGGCUGUUAUGGGAGCAAGGCCAGUAUCUCUUUCCAGAGAAUGAUCCGGAAUUCUCAAACUCUGAAAUACGCUCCUGGCUAGGUCUCUGCGAAAGGAACUUCUGCCUGGGUGUUGAAAGUUAUGAGGUGCUAACUUCACAAUCAUUGGAAAACGCUCAGGCACUUACACUGGGUGCGAUGCGAGCUUUGGGAUUAUCACGCCCAUUUCUAUGUCGUACCCUUUUGACAGCAGCUGCCAACAUCUGCGUUUCAUUGGGCUACCACCGCCGAUCCACCUUACAAGGAGAUCGCUCUCUUCUUGCGGAAUCGAAGCGUCAUGUAUUUUGGCUGGUAUAUGUGCUGGACAAGAAUAUUGCUCUAAACCUCGGGAGGGCAUCUAAUUUACAAGACUACGAUAUCGAUGCAGAAUUAUUCGAGCCGUCCAGUGACCGGAAAUAUCGCUCUUAUGAUCUUUUAUGUCAAGCCUGGAUUCAUUUUGGCCGACUGGAAGGAAAGGUAUAUGAUCUAGUAUACUCAGUCCGCGCAUUGGCAAUACCGUCUGAAGAAAGACUGGUGUAUACUGCGAGUCUGGCGCAAGAGCUGGCCAUCUGGAAGGAAGCCAAACUGGAUCAAAUCCGUCAAGAGAACCCUAACCAUUCAGAAGGGCUCAACUCUCUAGUCCUGGCGACAUAUCCGAUGUAUUACUCCAUCCUCGCGCUUCUUUACCGGGGUAACACACGAAGCCCAGCCGGGUCAUCUCUGGAGGUGAGCGACAUGUGUCUUGAAGCUGCUCGGCAGAGUGUGGUUUGUCACCUGAAAAUUAUUCCACAAUUCCUUGAUUGUCCUGGAAGCCAGUCCACAUACGUCACUUGGGGAUUGCUAUAUAGCAGUUUUACCCCCUUCUUUGUGAUCUUUAUAAGCGUCAUCACCUCUCUAAACGAGGAAGAUCUUAGCCUUCUCAAAUCACUCGUCGACGCUCUCCAAUCACUCACCAUUGUAUCCGAAGGAAUUAAGCGGCUACAUAGCAUCUGCCACGCUUUCUACCAGGUCGCUGAAGUGUUCCUCCAGUCGAAGCAGCAGGUGAAUCAAACGCCAGUCGUCCAUUUGGGCGACCAAUCCAGUCAGGUACUGGUGGCGGACAGUAAUCAUCCAGAGGCCGUUCUCAACCUGGCACCGCACGAUGGGCUUGAAUUUGAUCUCACCGACUUCAGUCUCGAGAGCUAUGGGAUCCCGCCAAUGGACACGCAAUGGAGCCAAUCACUGUUCGAUCUUAUUAGACUGGACGGCCUAGACGUCAACAACAUAAGCGGGAAUGCCUCGUAGAUUGGAGGUGGUAAAGGAGUCCAAUCCUCUUAAUCAGAAUACGCAAGGUCCAUCAUUUCCCGUCCAGAGUGUCGUCAUGAAUAUGCGGCCCUCAAUUGUUCAUAUUGACCUGCGGGCCUCAUCGAUUAGAUAGAGACCUUAACCCCUUUCUGUUUCUCGCUCAAUGCCAUAGUUCUUGCUAAGUAGACCAAGGAGACUCUGCGCAGUAUCAGAAUGGUGUGAGGUUGAUGAAAGAGGUCCUGACAAAUGCAAAACUCCUCCAAUCGACGGCUGAGAUAGAGAGUCAAGGAUUGAGAAGCGGGGCAAGGUCCACCUCAAGAAUGGUUCAGUUGGAU